AUGACACCUAGAGAACUAGCCCUUGCCAGCCGCAACUACACCCCUGUUACCAAGUUCAUCCUGCUGGGAUUCUCCAGUUACCCAGACCUCCAGGAGCUUCUCUUUGUUGUCUUCCUGCUCAUCUAUGUCAUGACACUUGUGGGAAACCUGGGAAUGAUAGCACUUAUCGUCACUGAUUGCCGUCUCCAUAGUCCCAUGUAUUUCUUCCUCAGUGUCCUUUCUUUUAUUGACAUUUGUUACUCUUCUAUAGUCACGCCCAAGCUCUUGGUCAACUUUCUGGCAUCUGACAAGUCCAUUUCUUUUGAGGGAUGUGUGGUCCAAAUGGGAUUCUUUGUAAUGCAUGCAACAACUGAGAGCUUCCUACUAGCCUCCAUGGCCUGUGACCGCUUCAUGGCCAUCUGCCAACCCCUCCAUUAUGGUUCUCUCAUGACCAAGGGGACGUGUCUCCAGUUGGUGGCUGCUUCCUAUGCAUUUGGUGGAGUCAAUUCCACUAUCCAGACUGGGAAUGUCUUUGCUUUACCUUUCUGUGGGCCCAACCAAGUACCACACUACUUCUGUGACAUCCCACCACUUCUCCACCUAGUUUGUGCCAACACAGCCAUACCAGAAAUGGUCCUCUAUAUCAUCUCUUCACUGGUUACUCUUCUGCCUGCCACCGUCGUCCUUACCUCCUACACAUUGGUCUGGGUGGCCAUUGGGAGGAUGCGCUCAGCAGCUGGGCGGAAGAAGGCCCUCUCCACAUGUGCCUCCCACUUCCUGGCCAUUUCCAUUUUCUAUGGCACUGUGAUUUUCACCUAUGUUCAACCCCAUGGGUCCACAAGUGAUYCCAAUGGCCAAAUUGUAUCUGUCUUUUACACCAUAAUCAUCCCAAUGCUCAAUCCCUUCAUCUAUAGCCUCCGCAACAAGGAGGUAAAAGAUGCCCUACAGAGGAAGCUCCAGGUCAACAACUUUCCCUGCUGA